AUGCUGUCGAACGAGAGCUGCGAGAACAGCACCCAUAUCCACACGAACGGGAACCCGGUGGUGAGCACAGUGAUGUUCAUCCUGGGGGUGAUGGGGAACUUCAUUGCCCUGGCCAUCCUGGGGGUCCACCAGAAGGAGCGGCGCACCAAGUCCUCCGUCUUCUGCAUCCUGGUGACGGGGCUGGCCCUGACAGACCUGCUGGGAACCUGCUUCCUUAGCCCCCUGGUGUUUGUGUGCUACGCCCGCCAGCGAUCCCUGCUGGGGCUCACUGGGGACCAGGGACUCUGUGGCCUCUUCGCCUUUGCCAUGACCUUCUUCGGCCUGGCCUCCAUGCUCAUCCUGUGUGCCAUGGCCGUGGAGCGCUGCCUGGCCAUCAGCCACCCCUAUUUUUACUCCAAGUGUGUCCGACGCAGCUUCGCCAAGGUGGCCCUCCUGCUCAUCUACAUCUUCACCUGCGCCUUCUGUGUUUUGCCAUUCUUUGGCUACGGCCGCCACAAGCAGUACUGCCCCGGCACAUGGUGCUUCAUCAAGAUGGAGGCGGCGGGCGAGGGGGCGGACGAGGAGAGGAAGGUUCUGGCGUUCUCGCUGUCCUACGCCUCGGUCAUGGCGCUGCUGAUCGUGGCAGUGUUUGUGUGCAACGGCUCGGUGAUCGUCAGCCUGUGCCGGAUGCACCGCAGCCAGAUGACACGCCGUGGUUCGGUGGUGAACGGAGGGAGGAAGAGGAAGAUGAGUCUGGGCUGGUUCGGACAGGGGGAGGAGGAGAUGGACCACCUGAUGCUGCUGGCCUCCAUGACGGUCAUCUUCGUUGUCUGCUCUUUGCCGCUCACAGUGAGUUGACCUCUGACCUCUCUAUGUCUGACCCAUAUCCAUGUGUGUUUGUUGUUGUGUGUGUUUGUUUAUGUGUGUGCAUGUUUAUGUGUGCGUACGUGUGGCCCCUGGCUAUGUGACACACGUUCUGUGACUUAUCAUCUGUGACUCAAACUCUCAGUGUGACUGUCACUGUAUUUACUCACUUUUCCUGUGACUGACUGACCUCUUUCUUUGACUAACUCUGAGUCUUUGACUCUUUGCGUCUCUUCAAUUGUCUUAUCCUCUCUGUCUGGAUCUCUCUGUAUGUGAUUCUGUCUGAUACCUAGUCAUGACCCUACAGUACACUGUCAUACUGUAGCUAUUAGACAUUCAAAACCACUUCUCUCAGUUCCUGAUCUCACUCUAUGCACACAUAAUGUUAGCAUUCUGUGUAAACAGAAUGUUAGAUCGCUUUGGUGUCUUGAUAUUGAAGUGAAAAUAAGAACCGCAUUGCUUUUGAGGAAGUAUCAGAUGUGGGAGAAACCAUUAUUCCAAGGAAACUGUUUCAAAAAAUAAGCGGGGCCAGUCUCCUCUCCUAUACUCCCAUGGGGCCGUUCAUUAUGACAUAUCCACCACCCAGAGAGGUUUAUCCCUUGGUUGCGUAACCAGACAAUCAUUAUUUGGAUCGUAAAUAAAACCGGCCGUUUAUGUUUUGCUCCUCUAAUUGAGAGGUGUGUGCUAAACCUGCCAGCCCUGGAGGACUGGAUCUGGCCCCUCCCUUCCCAGAGGGCUGUGGGGCGGGUCUCUGCUUGGGCUCUCCCUACCUGUGGGUGCUGUUCACUGGGUUUGACACUGAGCUGGGGAGGCACCCUCCUGUCUCUGUCCCUUCUGGCUGUUACUACCACACAAACACACACAUACUAUAUACACACGGACACACACACGGAUACACAGACACACGGACAUACAUAUGGACAUUUGUUGAAAUACUGAUAAUGUGAGUGUUGAAACCAAAACAAUCUAUGUUUUGCUGAAAGUCACUGGUUGAGUGUAAAGAUAUAUGCCUGCUAUCCUUGAUUACACACUAAAUAAGCUUGCCAGUUUCCUUUGAUUUAAGUUCAAUCAUUGAUUUGUGCUACUAAGUACAGUUGAGUAAUGACAUUCCAGAUGCCAAAGUAGUUAAAGAGUAACUACAAGUAAUGAGGGUAAUUGACUGGAACGUCAACUGUUGCCCUUUUCUUUGAGUCAUUCAAAACCAACUGUCUCCCUGAGGUCUCUCUGCUGCCUGUGGGUUAUACACCAUGAUGAGACAGAAAGUUGAUAGAGGUUUUGAAGGAACUCUCUUAAUGCAAUCUCAGUCAGGAUCUGUGGUUGAUACCUUAGGGAAAUAUAAAGGUACGUCCUGACUCCUGAGUCACUUCUUGGACCAGAUGGUUUCCUCCACCCUCCAGCAAUGAUUUGGCAUACUUGUUCAAAUUAAAAUCUAACCAAAUACUACUAAAUGUGUUGAUACAGUCAGUUUGAUUCACAUGCAGAUGGUAAGAAAGAUUCCCCUGCAGGUUGGGCCUGAGCCUGUGAUACCUGAUCAGGGCCGGCUCCAGGCGUAAGCGACAUAAGCGGUCGCUUAGGGCCCCAGGCCGCUAGGGGGCCCACAACCCCCCCCCAAAAAAUAUUUAUUUAUUUUUAGAAAAAAAAAAGGGAACUCAGUCUGGUUCUCAACUUACUGUUGAGAGUUAGAAUAGUAGAAUACACAAGGUGCAAGUUUGAAAUGUGGUUGAGCGUCAGCAAUUUUUCUCUUGUUAUGUCGGUCACUGACAGUCAGUCAAUUAGCCAUGUCAGCUAAAAUUUUUUUUGAUUGGUAAGUUAGUCUAGCCAGCUAUCUAAACUUGCAGUAAUCAUGGCCGAAUACCGACCAGGCACGCAGAGCACGUACCCAAGGGCCCUGACCUUCAGGGGGCCCCCAUUGAUUUUGUUAGUCACUUUCAUUCAGAUAUCAUGGCAAAAUGGAGGGGGGAGGGGGGGAGCGCCCCUGCCUAAGGGAAAUCAUUUAAGCCAGGACACAUCCUGAGUGUCACAUCGAGGCCGUUAAUCUGGUGAAUAAUUGAAUAGCCUGUUUAUUAAGGAAUCACCCAACUGACUGACUCAUACACCACCUCCAACAUGCCACACUGCCGGUGUGUGUGUGUCUGUGUGGUGUGUGUGAGGGGGGUGUAUGUACUGUACGUGCGCACGUGUGUGUGUGUGUGUGCAUGCGUGUGUAUGUAUGUGAAUGUGAAUAUGAGUGUAUGAGAGCGAGGUAAUGGAGGAGUGUGUAUAGGAUGAGAUGAGUGCAGCUCAGCCCAGUGAAUGUCAAGGCAGUAGUCUCUCUCUCCUCUCAGCUAAGCACAGUUGCAUGGCCUCCAGCCCCAGGCCUGUAGUUAGGAUGUGGGGUUAGAGCGUAAGACUGCAUGCCUUUCUGGAGUUGAAAGACAGUUGGAACAUGAUGGAAACCUGAGCAAGAGGACAUGCAGGAUGGAGGAAAGAAACGACUAUAGUUUCUGUAAUUCCCUCUUUAAUAUGGUAGAGUGGCAAUAGGAUAGAGAGUCUAGUUUACGUAAUACGCUAACCACUUCUGUCAAUACUGAGCACACAUACACACAGUACAGACUCACAGGCACGCCGCCGUCUCUCUGUCCAGUUCUUAUUAAUGGAAUGCAAACACAGUAAUGUAACACUAUACAGUAGAGCACAAUGCUAGGCGCUGAAGAAUAGAUGCUUUUCUCUCAGCGGUCUGCUUUCAGCACCACCACAAGUAAUGUAAUCUAGUGAGGCUAGCUGGAACAAGUGAAUGUGAGAGAGAUGGAAAGAAGAGAUAAAUAUGGUGCAUUUGGCUGAUAAGAGGAGGAUGAGUUUGCUUUCAGUCUGUCUACUCUGCAAGGGAUGGAUGGCGUGAGGGAGGGAGGAGAGAGAGGUUGAAAACCAGAAAGAGAGAGAGAGAGAUGAGGAGCCAGCUGAACUGAUGCUGCUUGAUACAGUGUAGGGCAUUUCUGUAUAAAAGGCUCCAUGACCACUAACGUGAAGUUCAUAGGAGCAUAUCAAAUUUGGUGUCAAAUGAAAGCUAAGAGUCUAUUUAAAAAAUAAAAUAAAAGGCAUAUAUCAAUUAUUCAACCAUUUUCCAUCCUAAAAAUGUGGAAUAAGUAAAGGCUUUCUGGUCAAACAGAUGGAAAAGGGCUCUUGCCUUCUGUAAGUUUAAGAAAUAUUGCCUAGUGUCUUGUCAUUCUGUCACCAAAAAUAAUGAAAGUUUACAGAAGUAACAAGUAAAGGUAGACAUAACAAUUAGUUCGUGUUUUUACGGAAAGCAAUUUGGUUUAUGAUUUAUUAAGUGAUUAAAAUGUGUCAUUCUGUUUCCAAAUCAGUAACAGAAUGACAGCAACUGAAUUGGCUACAAUGGGAAUUCACAGUUGGGUGACCUGCUACUAUCCUCUCUUCCACUGGCAUUCUGUUAUGCUCUGCUCAUAACUGUUUUCUUUCUCUUUCUGUCGCAGGGUGGUCAAAGCAGUUAAUGUUACCUCUCCUAGCUCUAACUGA